UAGACAAGCUUGACUUUGAGAAGGCCGAAGCAAAAUAUUAUGCUGCUCAAACCCAAAAUGCCCAGGCAAAUAAUGCAGAGUUCGUAGUCCAGCUUACUAGGAAAGCAAAGACCAACCAUUGUGCGGUACCUUGUGACAUGAAAAAAAUGGCAGCUACUUACAUGAGCACAGACAAAGUCUGGCUUGACAAAUUCAAGUACGAUGAUGCGGAGCGGCAGUUUUAUGAACAUCAGAGCAAGACAAUAGCACCACAGCACAACCAGCAGGAGGAGGACGACGGAGCAAGUACAAUCCUCCGAGACAUUGCCAGAGCCAGGGAGAAUAUCCAGAAAUCGCUGGCCGGACUCAGGACAGUCCUGCAUAGUCCUAAAGAAGCUCAACCUGCCCCAGCCCAGAGCCAAUCUGAGCUCUGUACUAGCACAGGAUCCACACCCAGCAACAGCGGAGACAACAGCGAGCUCCUCUCACGUGUGGCCAGCCUGGAACAAGAGAACCAGAGUCUGCAUAAGGUUGUAAAAGACCUUCAGUCAGCCAUCGCUAAACUGGAAAACAGAGUGACCAUACUAGAGAAAUCUGCUACCUCACCAGCUGCAAAGCCUACUGCUCCAGUAGCGAAUGCUAAAGUUACCCCACCUGCUGCUGCCCCUAAAGAAGAAGAGGAUGAUGACGAUAUUGACCUAUUCGGCAGUGAUGAUGAGGAAGAGGAUGCAGAGGCUGCCAGGAUCAAAGAAGAAAGACUGCGUCAGUAUGCAGAGAAGAAGUCUAAGAAACCUGGUCUCAUUGCCAAGUCCUCCAUCUUGCUGGAUGUGAAACCGUGGGAUGAUGAGACAGACAUGACAAAGAUGGAGGAGUGUGUGAGGUCGGUGCAGAUGGACGGGCUCUUGUGGGGAUCCUCAAAACUGGUACCGGUUGGUUACGGCAUCAAGAAGCUGCAGAUCCAGUGUGUGGUGGAGGAUGACAAAGUCGGCACAGACAUUCUAGAAGAAGAGAUCACAAAGUUUGAAGACUAUGUGCAGAGUGUUGACAUUGCUGCUUUCAACAAAAUAUGAAACUCAUGGAAAUCUAUCUGACCAAUAAAACAUGCAGAAUCCUA